CUUUCUGUCUCCCCUCCUGCUUUGUAUGUUCCUUCUCUUUCCUUCCGCACUCUCGUAUUCCUCCUCUUCGUCCCGAAUCGCGUGGCGAGGAGGCUCUGCUGCCCGACUGACCGUCCUCGGCGCCUCUUAUACCUUUACUCCGGUCUGCGCGUUCUUCAGGAACGUACGUGCCCGUUCCACGUUCCACUCGAGAGAGCGCGAUACAUAUCCCUCUUUUAAAGAGUACGUUAUAUACAAACAGCCAGCAAACAGACUUAAUCGUUGGUGGUGCACCUCGAAAUAGUCAAGUCGAGUUAAGAGCUCGUCCAUCAAUAACCGUUGUAGUUUUUGAAAUCGUUUUUGGUACGUUUGUUCAUACGUUUUAUUUGCUCCGAUUUGAUACGCUCGACAGUUCAGUCAGACAGUGAUAUGGCACAGCUGAUCAGCGUCAAGCUAUCUAGGUUCGAUGGAUCCCCCUGGGGUUUUCGUCUCCAAGGCGGUAAGGAUUUUGGCACGCCGCUUGUUGUGCAGAAGGUUAAUAGCGGUUCUCCUGCGGAAGCUGCUGGUCUUAAAGCUGGCGAUGCGGUUAUUAAAGUCAACACCACUGAUAUGUAUAAUUUAAGGCAUAAAGACGCGCAGGAUGUCAUAGUCAAGGCCGGAAAUAAUUUCGAAAUGACUGUUCAAAGAGGUGGCAGUACCUGGAAACCGCAUGUGGCGCCCGCAACCGCAAACCUGCCGUCUCCGAUACAUACCGCCCCCGCGGCUAACGUUGCCCCAGUCACAAAGACCUCUUUGGCAGCGAAGAAACAAGACGGACCUCUCAUCGGUGGCGGACACAACUUUAGCCCCAAGCCAUUCCUGAACGGCACUAGCGACGGUCCAAUUAAAUCCAUCGUGAAUAAACAAUACAACAGCCCCGUAGGAAUCUACAGCGAGGAAACCAUCGCGGAGACACUGUCGGCUCAAGCGGAAGUCCUUGCUGGAGGUGUCCUUGGGGUAAAUUUCAAGAAGAACGAGAAAAACUACAAUGCCGAAAACAGUGAGGUUUUCAAAAUGGUUCAAGAAGCGGACAAAGAACCAAAGACUCCGGAACCUGCGGAACCAAAUGUCGUGAGCGGCGUGAUAACACCGUCCUCGCCAGCCCUGGCAGGAUUGAGGUCAGUCCAGGCACCGGAAACGAAGCCGCAGCCGUCGACGCCGCAGACAAGCUUACCACCAGGACAGAACAUUUGUGCUGAGUGCGAGAGGCUCAUCGUGACAGAAUUUUACUCCUCCGUGAGCCACGCGGUUGGCGGAAGGGCCACUUCACCGAGGUCACCCACGCCUCUGUUUCAUGCUAUGGGCGGGGGUGGUGGUGCACCUGACGGUAGCAGGCACCUCGUAUGGCCGGAUGAAUCGAGGAAUCAAACACCGCAACAACAAAAGCAGGAAUCUUCCGCCGGGUCGGGGUCAUCGACGCCGGGCGGGGUCGUUUGUAGCAACUGCGACCGAUUGAUCGUAGGUGUCUUCGUCAGGAUCAAGGAUAAAAACCUGCACGUGGAAUGUUUCAAGUGUUCGACUUGCGGCACGUCCUUGAAGAAUGUCGGUUAUUACAAUAUCAAUAAUAAAUUGUACUGUGACAUUCACGCGAAACUCGUUGCUAGGCAAAAUGCACCGUCUGGUCUCGUACCCCUCACUAUACCACCAGGUGGCAAAGCACCAGCUAGCACUAUUAGCGCGGCAUUGGCGAAUGCACCUUUAUCGCCGCCUCUCAGCAAUCACGGAUCGUCGCCUCAGCCAUUCUCCGCACCAACGAGCAACAAUCUCAUUGGUCCCAAACCCUUCGGUGGAUCGACUGGUUUUUCAUCAAAUCUGUCGCCGACUCCAACAUUAAAUACCGGUAGCAGUACUUUGCCACGUCCUCAGAGCCAGACUGUGACAGAAAUUCCUAGUAGUGAAACUUACGAAAGAUCCUGCUAUUACGAGAUUGCGGAGAAUACGAGAGACCAGUUUCCUCUUCCCAAUUCUGUAAAAUCCCAUCGGAAUCUUAUUUGGCCACCCCCAAAACCUAUCGAAGAUAUCACGUACCCUACCGCUAGUCCCCUCUAUAUCAAUCCAAAUUCCGUUCUCGACAGAAAGUGCCAUCAGGCGGUCAAAGAGAAACGUGCCAGCAUUGAAGCUUGCGAGCGAGCUUUAAACUGUAGAACGGAAAGACAUCGAAGUAAAAGUAUCGAUCGAGAGAUCAAAAGGGCGUCGAUAGAGUACGGUCAUCGACACGAGAUUGACGCGAUGGACCGAGUGAGUUGUCCCGGACAACCAAUGUAUCAACGUGUCGAGUUAGUGGAUACCACCAGUAGAACCUCUCGAGCGGAUGUGAUUACGUCGAGACCAAGUUCGACUGACAGCGUUCGAAGAUCGUUGACGCCUACCAGAAUCGUCCAACCGAUUCCUAAACCGUGGACUGCGACCGUCAGCGGCGGCAGUACCAAUCUUUACGAGCAGAGUUACGCGACACAGCGAGAACAGCCUGCGGAACAGGUCUGCAAAAAGUUUAUGCAACGGGAGGUCUGUCAUCGAGAACGUAUAUCAGGCGGCAGGGAACAUCGGGAAGAACAGCGAGCAUAUAGAGCGGAAAUCUGUCGACGAGAACAAAUGAUCUGCCCAAAACCGCCCUUGCCAAUGCCUAAGCAGGAACCAGCGGAGGUAGUUAAAGAAGUCGAUACCGAAAUUACUGACCUAAGGGAUGAUGAGACGGAUGAUGCGGAAAUCUCGAAGGGAAUUCAGGGUGAACACGACCUUAUCACCGAGACGUCUGAAGAGACGGUGAACGGUAUGCACGUGAAGCAAUCGGCGACUUUCGAAAAAACCAUGGAAGAGGUGAAAAAUGCGACAGAAUCGCAAUGUCUUGCGAGAAGAACCGAGACGCAUAUCAAUCGAGAAGUGAAGAACACAAUGGAAGAACGAACUGUUGAAGAAUCUGCCGAAAUGGUUACGUCAGCCGUCGAUGCCCAGCAGAUGUUGGAGAAAGCCAAACAGGAAGAAGAGGAAAGAAAAAAAGAAGAGGAAGAAGAAGAGCGAAGAAAAGAAGAAGAAGAAAAGAAAAAGCGCGAAGAAGAAGAGCGAAGACGUCAAGAAGAAAAAGAAAGAAAAAAACAAGAAGAGGAGGAAAAAAUUAAAAAACAUGUGACUUUCAACGAAGAAGAUGAAGAGGUCGAGGAAGUGCGAGAACAACCGUUGGGCAAGACUGUUGUACGAGAGGAACGAAUUACAGAAUCAGAGGGAUCCACUCCGGGACGUUGCAAGGUCACGAAAGAGACUUAUGAAGAGAUUACCGAGGAAGUGCUGGUCCAGGAACGCGUGAGAAGAAAAGGAGCCGUAGAGGACGAGCGUAAAAAGAGUUUGCGGGAACAAGUAGAGGUACAUCAGAGUCUCCGGGAUCAACAGGCGCCGGAGAGACGGAAUGUCGUUGCGAGGUACAACCAACAGCCUCAAGAGACCAUGGAGACGUGCAAGAAAAAAGUGCAGUUCCUGAAGGAGACGGAAACGGGGCCGAAACCUUUACCGGACACGUCCGUGAAAAAUUCCACGCCGAAAGAAUGGAAAUCCGAGAUGGUAAACGCUCUGACGACCGCGCCUGAUCGAUCUUAUACACCGUUGAACGCCACUUCUAGCGUAAAAGAGCUCUAUACCGAGGAAACUAUUUAUCUACACCAUAAAUGUCGACCUAAGCCACCGCCGCCCAAAGAAAAGAUCCGAUCAAUCUCGCCCUUCCAACAAGCAUUGACGAUAGCGCCCGAACGAUCUUAUACUCCUCUGAGUCGGGAAAUCGGGCCGGAAGAUCAACAGAUCGCCAGUAGGUCGCAGACUCCAAAUCUUCAAGUUCAAAAUGGAGGCUUCUGCCCGCCGUUGGAUAUUCUGUAUGGGAAAGAGAGCACAACGAGAGAAUCUUACGCGCGAGAGCAGUUGUGUGUCAAGAAGAAAGUUAAAGAGUCCGGACCACGACCUUUGCCUACUCCGCCACCCGAUCAUCAUCUAAGAGAUUCUUCGGCAUCGCCUGCUACGAGAUUUCGACCGGAAACACCAAAAUUGUUAACGGCUGGUCUAAAGAAACCGGACGCUAUACCAGCCUAUCAGAGAUAUCUAGUAGCAAUGAAGAAAGAACCGGUGGAAGGUCACCCGUUUGUUCCUAGUAGAACUCCUACUCCGACAUCUGCCAGAUCUAAGUCACCUGCUCAAGGACCGCCUGAGCCGCCGGCAUGUUAUGUGAAAUCUCAAGCUCCAAGGAUCCGAGAGGAUCCACCGCCGUCAAAACGUGGCGGAUCGGUUCAUUUUCCGUCGCGUAAGACCAUCUCUUAUCACGUGGAGGAAGAUACCGACAGCGGACACAGGAAGCAAGAAUAUUCCGCUUCGAGAACUGUCAAUUAUGACGAGAAGGAGACAAACAGUCUUGACGCGGGUCCGACGGACGCACUUUACGCUCAAUUCCAGGAAACGCGGUGCAUGACUAGCGAGGAAACCAACGAGCAACAGAACACCGCAACUCAUGUGAAGAGAGCGCUUCAAGUAAUCGAGGAUUUCGAGAAAUGCGAACGAAAGGACGCAUUGCCACCGGCAUCACCGUCGCAGAAUACGAAACCAAGCAUCUGCGCCAUCAACAAAAUAAGUCACACGAAACCGACCUUGAUGUGCCCUAUGAUAUCACAAACUAGUUCUGCGUCAAACAAACAGCCGACGUACAGCAGUUGUACGAAAGUGCGUCACGUGCAAUUCGAGACUCCCUCGUCGAAAUCUUGUCCGCAGACCGGGAUGACCGUUCUACCUUGCAAAGCGUAUUCGGAUCGUGGUACUAAGGCCGGUGUCGUCGUGGUGCCCUGCGAGAAUUCCCAAACCGCCUGCCCUAGAUCCGGCAUCUGCGUGACGUCUACGAAAGACCGGUCGGGAGUGUGUACCGGAGUUGGCGGCCUCGGCGGCACGAGCUCCAAGAGCGGAUCGUUUGCCGGUAGCAGUGCGCCCAAACGCGGACGUGGCAUUCUGAAUCAGGCUGUCGGAGCAGGAUCGCGUAUACCACUGUGCGCUCACUGCAGUUCAUACGUCAGAGGACCCUUUAUCACCGCUCUGGGCCAAAUCUGGUGUCCCGAUCAUUUCGUCUGUGUCAACGCUCAAUGCCGUCGUCCUCUUCAGGACAUCGGCUUUGUCGAGGAAAAAGGACAACUCUACUGCGAAUACUGUUUCGAAAGAUUUAUCGCGCCCACGUGCAACAAAUGCAACAACAAGAUCAAGGGGGAUUGCUUGAAUGCAAUUGGAAAGCACUUCCAUCCUGAAUGCUUCAAUUGCGCUUAUUGUGGCAAACUUUUUGGCAACAAUCCAUUCUUCCUGGAAGAAGGAUUGCCCUAUUGCGAAGCUGACUGGAAUGAGCUGUUUACCACGAAAUGCUUUGCAUGUGGAUUCCCAGUCGAGGCUGGCGAUCGUUGGGUGGAGGCCCUAAACAACAAUUACCACAGCCAGUGCUUCAACUGCACGAUGUGCAAGAAGAAUCUUGAGGGUCAAAGCUUUUAUGCGAAAGGCGGUCGUCCGUUCUGCAAAAAUCACGCGCGUUAAGAUCAUAUACUCUCGACCAUCGCAAAUGAUCGAUGGGAUGAUGAGAGGAGAAGAACAGGAAGAGUAAAAUAAUGAAGAGGAGGUCUAACGAAAAUAAGAAGCGUACAGUGUUAACGCACAAAUUAUUUUAUCGUGAUUACUUUCUUUUUUUGUGUCUUGACCGAAAUCAUUGCACUAACCUUUUGUCAGAUCCGCGAGGAAUCCUUUAUAUAGCUACAAAAAUACAGGAUCAAUUAGGGUGAUUUUGACAAAAAAAAUCUUUAUCGUUACAUCUGAUAAAAAUUAUAAUAUUGUUAGAAGUGAUAGUUAUUUAUAGAAUAGAUGUCGCAUAAAAUGAUAUUUAUAUCAUUCAGAAAAAUAAACACAA